CGUGGUACCAUGAAAAAGAAUGAUCAGCUGAUUUUCGUUGACCACUGCAAGCUGCAAGCAGUCAGCAGUGUCCAUGUCCGCUUUCUAGAUUAUUUUUUUGCUUUUGUUGUGAAUUGUGAAUGUGAAAGGAUUCUCUACAAAAUGAGCUUCCUAUUUGGAAGCCGUUCUUCUAAAACUUUCAAACCGAAGAAGAACAUACCAGAAGGAACUCACCAGUAUGACUUGAUGAAGCAUGCUGCAGCCACUCUGGGCUCUGGAAAUCUUCGAUUGGCGGUUCUGUUACCUGAAGGAGAGGAUCUCAAUGAGUGGGUUGCUGUUAAUACUGUAGAUUUCUUCAAUCAAAUCAACAUGUUGUAUGGUACAAUAACAGAAUUCUGCACCGAAGAGAGCUGUCCUAUAAUGUCUGCUGGUCCCAAAUACGAAUAUCAUUGGGCAGAUGGUCACACUGUCAAAAAGCCAAUCAAGUGCUCGGCGCCAAAGUACAUAGAUUAUCUUAUGACUUGGGUUCAAGACCAACUGGAUGACGAAACUCUUUUUCCUUCCAAAAUAGGUGUACCUUUUCCAAAGAAUUUCUUGUCUAUCGCCAAGACGAUAUUGAAAAGGUUGUUCAGGGUGUACGCCCACAUCUACCACCAACACUUUUCUGAAGUAGUGCAAUUGGGCGAGGAAGCACAUCUAAACACUUCCUUCAAGCAUUUCAUAUUCUUUGUUCAGGAAUUCAACCUGAUUGAAAGAAGAGAGCUAGCUCCUCUACAAGAACUUAUCGAAAAAUUGACGGCUAAAGACACCCGAUGAGGAUUUUCUAGUCAAGGCAUUAUCUUUAUGGUCAAUCCUGCACAUAUUUUAAAAACUACAUAUACACUGAUCUAAGAUCUGAAGAUUAAUUUAUUGGCUGAGAAUUCUCUAAUCAUAUUGGGCUUUGAAAUCCUUUCUCAUUGAUAUUAUAAUAUCUGUAAUGAAUUAUUGCUGAUGCAUUUGUUCCUGUGCACCUCAAUCAUCAUCAUUGUGUAUUGUAGAAAUAGAAAAGUUAUAUAUCUUGUUAGUUUUUUGACUAAGUUAGCUACAGUUAUUAUGCAUCAAAAUAUCCACAGAACUGAGAAAUAAUAAUAAUGGAUAGUCCUUUAAAAUAAAAUUUUUCAGUAGGUUUAAAAGCAUGCCCAAUCGUAAGUGCCUCUGCUUUGGUUUGGGGAGAGUAAAUAAUGAUAAUCAGGGUUUCUAAAGAAGGUUCUGUUAGAGUUGUAAAUUAUGAUACAUACAUAACUUUGGCUGUUAAUGAACUUAUCUUGUAGGGAGUGCACUUUUAUCUCUUUAGGUUUUAUUUUUAAUAUUCCCAAUGAUGUGAUUUAAUUUUUUAUAUGAAAUAGUUGAUGUUUUAGUUGUUAUGAUUAUUUAUUUAAUAUUUUGUUAUCUUAUUAUAAUUUAUUUAGAUUAACUAUGAAGAUUGCACGUAUCUCUUACCUGUUUAAACCUAGUGUUAGUAGGCCUAGCCGUUUUAAGCAAACCGGAUUCGAAUUUGUAUUGAAUAAUUCUUCUGAAGAAUGAAUGUGAAGACUGUCUAUUUCUAAAAAAAGAACUAAAAUUUUUCAUCUUAGUAUGGAAAUGAGUAUUUUUCAAGAAAUUCGAUUGUACGAUUGAACCCAUCUGUUGAAAAUGUUUAACUUUAUACAAGCAGUCAGUUCAUUGUGAAUUCUGAUGGAGUUAUUAUGCAUUUUAUGUGUAAUAUUUUUUGCUAUAUUUUUAUGAAUAAAGUACCAAAAAGUUUGUAUAGCAAA